CUUCUCCUCUCUCUCACGCAGUAAACGUGUCCCCCUCUCUAGGCCAACACCGCUAUGCCUCUCUAUCCCCUCACCAAAAACCUUUGCUCCAACUCCAAAAAUCCGAAAUUCGAAUUAAAUCCGCUGCAAUCUCUCUCUCCUUCGCAUUAAUUGCGAAUUUUCCUCACUAAUUCUCGGCAUUUUCUGUCUCAUUUUCAUUUACGAGCGCGUGGCACCAGCAGUUGUUGUUCUUAUCCAUUGAUUGCGCCAUCAAAGCGCCGAUCGCAGCCUUUGGCUACUGAUUUAUAUUUAUUUUUAACUUUUUCUGUUUAAUGAAGUUCUGUUGUAGUGCCGCCUGCCGUUUCGAUUGUGCUCCGGAGCAAUUGUUAUGGAAUUCGCGUGAUCAGCUCACACUUGCAUUGUCUGCCUCAGUUGUGUUUUUGAGAAAGAACGGAGAUUCAGAUGGCGAAUGGAGACAAUGGCCGCUGCGUGUUUCCGUUGACAGGCUUACAAAUUGGGGAUUUGCAGUCCUAUCUUUCACAUCUGAGCCUAUUUAUGGUCUCUGACAGUGGGAAGUUCUACAUCUUGGUGGACAACCGGCCUUGGUUGAAGGAUCUUGUGUCACGGCCCACGCAUUUGUGGCAGCUGAUGGUCACUAAGUCCAGGUUGUCCCCCUUUGCAAACACGAAGAGGAAGGAGGGUAGGAAGUUGAUGAGACAACUUUCGGAUUUAGAGACUUCUCCCUCACUAAACACAAGUAAAUUGAAGAACUUCAAACAGUGGUUCUCAUUGAUUGAUGCGGUGACCUUGUCCCGGAAGAGGGCUUUGUUACCUGUGAAGAAGCUUAAAAAUUCUUUGAUUGCGAACAGCAAGUUGCACAGAACCUUGUAUGGAUUUAUUGUCUUUGAGGUUGUGUGGAGUGAUGUACGUGGUAUUAAUUAUUUGAACGAACUUCAGACUGAUACCUCGCUUGCAAUUGAGGCUAAAGUCAUGAGAAGGUGGGAAUUCGAUAGCUUAGCCCAAGCAGCAGACUUGAUUCCUUCAUGGUUCCCUGGGACCCCCAACGAAGGGAGCCUUUUGAAAGACCAUUUGGAUGCUACAAUAGGGGAAGUUUUCCAUGAUGCACACGCAAGUUUCCCAAAGACUGACAAGAAGGUCGAUAUCGCAAGUGAUGGCACGAGUGUUGAAGCUGAAUCUCCAUGCUCUUCGAGUAGUAGUUUCAGUGCGUAUUCAGUACAGAUACAAAACCUGACACAGAGACUGCACACGCCUCCUCCUGAUGGUUCUCCUUACAAAAGGCGGAAACUUACGAGUCCUGUACACUUUGAUCUCGGAACAUCUUCUGAAGAAGCAGAGGCCGAAAAUGCUGAGGUACAGUCUCAAACCCCAGAUAUGAGUGACUGUGAAGAAACACUCCAGCCUUCCAUGUACCGUGAUGUUCUCAUUUUGUUCCGCUUCGAUGAUCGUGACCUUCCAUUCAAAUUAAGAGACAUAAUUAUGUCUGAUGUGCGGUUACUCACACUACUUGAAGCUGGGCUUCCAUCGUGGGUUAUUUUCCUUCAAUCCUAUCCAGUGUUCUGCCAUCUUUACCGUCCAUGGAUGUGUCCCUUGGCCAGAGCUUGCUACGUGCUUAUAUCGGUCAUCACUGUCCUCAUUGGGUUUUACGACUUGUACAAAAAUGUACCUCUCCUUAAGGCCACAGCAUCUAGGUUGUUCGGACCCCUGUUCGAUUGGAUAGAAUCAUUGGAAAUGAUUUCAAGAAUCAAGUAUUUAGGAACCAUGUUAUUCCUUCAUAAUUCUCAAAAGGCAAUUAAGUGGUUUCUUUCUGCAACAAGAACUAUUCGCACAUUUUUCACAUUAGUUAUAGAGCCAAUGGCUGGGCCAUUUGCUGAGUUCUUGGAAUUCUUACUUCCUCUUUGGACUGUCUUUGCGGAAGUCGCCGAGAAUCUCCUUUCAGUCACGUGGAUGGUGGCUGGGUCUUGUUUCACAAUGGUCGGAGACCUCAUUGAGAUGUUACUGAUGCCAUUAUGGUAUAUCUUGUCUCUUGUAUGGAAUAUUGCAAUAUCAGUUAUAUAUCCCUUAUUCUGGAUCCUGUGGGAACUCCUUUAUGCUCCAAUUCGAUUAGUCCUUGGAUUUUGUAGUCUCGUCGGAUCCUUAUGUACACUCGUUUAUGAAAUGGUUGGAGAUUUGUUGCUAUUCGUCGGCAGCCUAGUUAGCUUUUCUAGAGAUGUUGAAUCAACAGUGAGCUCGUAUGAGGUUUCAAUCUGGCGCUCUUUGUGGAACGACCUUUUCUCUCAGAUUUUCCGUGCUCUCCGGAGUAUCCUCAACGGUUUUGUGGCUUUCUUCACCGCAUGCAACAGACACCGGCUAAGCACAUAUAAUCAUAUGAAGGAGUUAUACCACAGAUUGUCACGUAGACCCGGGAGAGCAGGUGCCCAAAAGGCCGAACAAGAUCCACACGCUUCUGCAACAAGUAUAAGUCCAGGAGUUAGGAAGAGUCCCAUGACCAGGACCAGGUUGAGCCCAGGAACGGUUAGAUGACAUCGAAAUGUGUCGUACAUGACAGAAUCUCAACGGGUAUAUGCCAACUUGUACAUGUGAGAGCUUGUCCAUAAGAAUCUGUGUAUCAGCUGUGAAAUUAGUAUACUAGAUUUUCCUUUUGACAUCUCUGCUAACGCUGUAAAUAUUUGUUGGUGUUGUCUGUAGAAAUUUUGAAGGUAAUUUACAUGUUUUUAUUCAAUGAAAGGCUGAGGCAACACGAUCUCAACA